AUGUGGUGGUCUCCAGGCAACAUGCGCUCACCUUGCCGGAUGACAGUAGUCGUAUUCGCCGCUUUGUUCUUCACAGAUCCUAGCGCUGCGGCGAAUGUUGCUCGUUCUGAAACGCCAACAUCAGGGUGUACGGCGGUCGCUACCACUGUCACAUUUGUGACUGCUAUCUCCACUAUAGGAGGCAUAACAACAACAACCACCGAUGUAGCGACAGUGACGGGGUACUCUACUACCAUCACUGUCCACAUUACCCCAUUUAGCAACGGAACCACGUUAACUAGUAUCGAGGGUCUGGAUGUCACAGCUGGUGUACCUUUCGAGAAGAGGGCGACAAGUGCUGCUGCAUUGUCCUUUACAACGUCUCGUUACUUGAACAGCUCUCUGACCAUGACGCCUACGCCUACAAAGCCACAGACAGCCUGCCCGACUGUGACCGAAAUUUACACACUGACUAGCAUCGUGACGUUGCCGGGAACGGGAAUCGUGGUCACGCUCACCGAGACAAUGCUCACUGCUUCAAUAUUAUUGAGUAUCCAUUAUCCCGACCCAGCUACUUUUGUGGAACCUAUUGCAGCUAUUCUGGGCUCCCAGCCUAUAUCCACUAGAACUAGCCCUUCAAGUACUGUCCUCGCUGUGCCGACUGAUGAGCCAAACAACACGGACGAUUCCGAUGGAGAAUCUACUCCAGCAUUGCCCCAAAAUACGUCUCCAGGUGUAGCGAAACCUACGUCUGGUGGCACAGUACAAAGAUCGUCAAGAGUUCCUGAGUCACCACCAAAUAAACUCCCUACGUCACCCGUCGAUCCUCCGAUUACCACGAAAGUCUCCAGUCCAGAACAAACUCGCACCAAAAAUUUGCCAGGCAUCGGUCCUAUUGUGAUCGACCCAUCACGUUCGGCUAUUUUUGUAAACGGUGCAGCAAGCGCAAUUACUCCUGGACAGCAGACAACUAUCAACAACAUCCCGAUCUCGCUGGACACUUCUGCUACCUUCAUCGUUAUCGACGGUACUAAGACGUUGGCACUCCCUCCAUCCACUCCGGUACCUCAACCAGCACGUGUGGUACUCGGUGGCACAACCAUCGACAUUGGUCAGGUCGCUACCCAACUUGACCCCGGUGAGGUGACCACAAUUGAUGGUGUUCCCAUUUCGCUAGACGUUUCGGCUUCUUAUGUGGUCCUCGGAGGUACCCGGACAAUUCCACUGCUUGAAGUUACACGUAUGCCUAGUGCAUCUAUGGUGACCUUGGAUGGCACAACUAUUAACAUCAGCGAGCUUGCUACAGAGCUUGAUCCUGGCGAGGUGACCGUCAUCGGCACCAUGACUAUCUCACGCGAUACUUCAGCACUAAUCGCCGGCACUACGACUAUAUCGCUUGCUGCAUUACCGAGCGAUGUGGUUCUUGGAGGUACAAUGAUCUCUGCAGGUGUCCUUCCCUCUGGAUUCUCUUUUGUCCCUGCGACUGCUGGAGGAGGCUUGCUACUACCCAAUGGCCAGACAUUGAUGCCUGGGGCCAUGACGACGAUUGGCGGUAUUGAGAUAUCGCUUACGCCCGGAGAAACACCUGUCGCUGUAGUUGAGAGCUCAGUGUCCAUUACCGCAUCCGGUACUCUGAGCAGUACUUCUGGAAACUUCAACAACGGCGAUACUCUUGGGAUUGGACAACCGACAAGUACUACGACUGGUGACUCAGCGCAAUUCACUGGUAGUGCAGGCGCAAGCACUCGAAGCGUCCGCAACAUGAUGCGGAGGUUAGCUAUGUCAAGCAUGUUAUUUGUUAUCACUCACGCUUGGGUCUGA